CGCAUCAGCAGAAGUGGGUGUUGCUCGCAACGCGCGUGAUCGCGAUAGUUGUGGUGGAGGUUUUCACGUGAACCAUCAUGCUUGAAGGCACAGCCGCUGUCAUUGCUGAUCAGUACAAGAAUUGCAACGCGGCUAAAGCGGUAUCCUGGACAACGCCGCUGCUGAUGGCACCACCGCCGCAAGCUCAUGGAUAAUAUGUAUACAGUAUGCGGGGAUUAGUAGCCCGGUGAUACUGCGCAUCUUGUAUCGGGCUGGACAGCCAGCUAUCCUGUAGAAGGCGAUGAAUUGACACAGCGAUUUCAAGAGGUGGCUAUUUAUACCCACGAGUGACUUGACGUUUGUAUGCUCAGCAAAAGUGAGCCAAAGGCACUUGAAAUCUAAGCUCGCUCGCCAUGGGCUCGAAUCUGUCGCUCCUGAUCUCGGCAACCAUGCUCUUCGCCACGAUGGUGUACUACUACAAGAUGGUACUGCUCACGGAGAUGACCACGGAGGCCUCGCUCUUCAAUACGCUUUAUGCGGAGUACGCUACGCCGCAGAUGAUGGACUCGCUCAGAGCCGUGGAGGAGUUCUCGUUGCCGCCGGACGUUACACCCGAGCACGUAGCGUGCCACUCGCACAAUAACAAACUCUGGGACCGCAAAUUCGACCAUGACUGGCAGCGAUUGCUUCACUGGUACCGCAAACUCGUGUACUUUCACCGCAUGGGACUGCUUCACGAUCGCUUUUUCCGAGAGUUCCCAGGCGUCUCGCGCACACGCGAGUUUAUCCGCCACGUGGAGCCAUUCGCGCUAGGAUCCUGCCAACGCUAUCAGGUUUGCUGUCAAACACAUAAGAACUCCCUCGUUUGAUCUCUAUCGCUGAUGUACUUGGGUCCUGCCUCAGGAAAGCAACUGCUCCGAGGUGUUCGACUACCUACGCGAUCUCUACAAGCUCCCCAAGCGCCAAGCCAUAACGUGCGAUGGCCACAAGAAGCCUGUUGCCCAAGGUUCUGUGAAAGAGGAGCUCUAGGUAAAAAGGAGGAGCAGUAGGUAUAAAUCCUCCAACAAGCCGUUCAAUAGAGGGAGACGAAAUGGCAACAAAAGAACAUUCAUGCAAAAAAAUACACAUAUAUAUGGCUAGUUUGCAUUCAUCA